GGUGGGGUGGGGCAGGAUGCUGAAUGGCCCGCUAUUCUCCGAGGGGCCCGACAGCCCCCAGGAGCUCCAGGACGAGGAGUCUGGCAGCUGCCUCUGGGUGCAGAAGUCCAAGCUUUUGGUGAUCGAAGUGAAGACUAUUUCCUGUCAUUAUAGUCGCCGCGCCCCUUCUCGACAGCCCAUGGACUUCCAGGCCAGCCACUGGGCUCGCGGGCCCCCGAGCCGCACGUGUGGGCCGCGCCCAGGAUCCCCUGAGCCGCCGCCCCGCCGGCCCUGGGCCUCCAGGGUGCUGCAGGAGGCGACCAACUGGCGGGCGGGGUCCCUGGCCGAGGUCCGAGCCCGGGAGCAAGAGAAAAGGAAAGCGGCGUCGCAGGAGCGGGAGGCCAAGGAGACCGAGCGAAAAAGGCGCAAGGCUGGUGGGGCCCGACGGAGCCCCCCGGGUCGGCCCCGCCUAGAGCCCCGCAACGCCCCUCGGGCGGCCCAGCCUGCAAGGCUGCUGGCUCCCUCACUGCCAGAGCGUCCCGGGCCAGUGGGGCGAGCGCCCCGUACAUCCGCGCAGCCGCAGAGCGACCCAGGGUCGGCGUGGGCGGGGCCCUGGGGAGGUCGGCGGCCAGGGCCCCCCAGCUACGAGGCUCACCUGCUGCUAAGAGGCUCUGCUGGGACCGCCCCGCGACGCCGCUGGGACCGGCCGCCACCCUACGUGGCUCCACCUUCUUACGAAGGCCCUCACAGGACCUUGGGGACUAAGCGAGGCCCCGAGCUCUCCCAGGCGCCCACUUCAUCAACCCCAACUCCAACCCCCACCAGGACAGAGGGAGGGCGCACAAAGAAGAGGUUGGAUCCUCGGAUCUACCGGGACGUCCUCGGGGCUUGGGGUCUCCGACAGGGGCAGGGUCUCUUGGGGGGAUCCCCAGGCUGUGGAGCGGCCAGAGCAAGGCCGGAGCCCGGCAAGGGGGCCGCGGAGAAAAGCCUGGGGCCGGCUGCUGCUGGCCUGAACAGUGGUAGUAGCUACAGCCAUUCCCAAGCCAAAGCUACAGGGAGUCCAGGCACCGUGACAGCUCCACCAGGGUCUGCAACUGCGACUCCCAGCCCCCCGCGUCCCGCUCCCAGGGCGAGGCACCAUCUCAAGGGCUCGAGGGAAGGGAAAGAAGGAAGAGAACCGAUCUGGUUCCCCAAAUGCUGGAUUUCCUCCCCUAAAAAGCAGCCGCCCAGGCAGAGCCAGACACUUCCCAGACCUUGGGCUCCAGGAGGCACGGGAUGGAGAGAGUCCCUGGGUCAUAGGGAGGAGGGAGGACCCGAGUUCCUGAAGGGUUGGAAGGCGACCCGCCGCGCCCACACCUUGCCCCGCAGUUCCCGGGGGCCGGCUAGUGGAGAAGGCGUCUUUGUCAUUGACGCCACGUGCGUGGUGAUACGAUCCCAGUAUGUUCCGACCCCCCAAACCCAGCAGGUGCAGCAUUUGCCCUCUGGAGUGCCGCAUGUUGUGGGAGAUGCCCCCAGCCAACCGAAGGCCGGUAAGGAGGAGAGCGAGGGGGCCGCGGUCUUUUCCUCCCCUUGUCAAAAGCUGCUGUUGAGCAGUCGCCUUUUACACCAGCCCGGUGGGGGGCGCGGGUGCGAAGCAGAGGGUGGGAAGCCGGCGGACUCCUCACUGGAGGAGCGCGCCUCGCGUAUCUUGGGGCUCCCAGUCGGUGAAGUACGCCUGCGGGACGCCCCAACGCAGCCAGGUAGCCCAGAGCACCAAGCCUUAGGCCCAGCAGCUUUGGGAGGCGCGGGCAGAGCGGAGGGCUCGGAAGUGGCGGCGGUCCAGUGGCGCGCUGGCCGGGGCUGGGCGCGGAAUCCAGGGCCCUACGCCGGGGCCCUGCGGGAAGCCGUGUCCCGCAUCCGCCGCCACACCGCCCCGGACUCAGACACCGACGAAGCUGAGGAGCUCAGCGUCCAUAGCAGCUCCUAUGAAGGAAGCGACACAGAAGCCCCGGGCGCCUCCUGGCGGAACGAGAGGACCCUGCCCGGGGCUGGGAACAGCCAGCCCCAGGAAGGUGGGAAGACAGCUGAGCUGAGCGACAGUACCCGGGAGAUUUUAGAUGUCAUCAGCCAAACCGAGGAGGCCCUCUUCCGGGCGAGGGACACCAAGGGGACCCCACAGGGAAAUAGGGAGAGGCAGUGACAGGCCCCUUCUUGUAUUUGUGUGCCCUAACGCAUCCAUCCUUGGGCUCACUGGUACCCAUUCUUCCCCACAGACUUCCUUUGCUUCUCUUUUCCUUGUAUCCCUACCCAUUCCCGUUCCCAUACUUAAAAUAGAAAAGAAAGGAACGGGUGCAUAUGCCCAUCGGAGGUAAUUUUGUUUCAGGAGAGAUGAGGGUAAACAGAAGAUUUAAUGCCUGCCACUCAGGGCACAAGAGUGAGAUCUUCAGCAAGGGCUGAUGCCCUAGGUGUACAGCUGAGCAGAGAGGUCUAGCCAGGAUCAGGCAGGAGGGCAGGGAUGGUGGCAGUCAUAGGAGGGCAAUGGCAGGGCAGGGCUUCUGGGUAGGAGGGAGAAAGCGAUGGAGAGGCUUUGGACCAGGUGACAGAGUGGUUCUUGGCAGAAGAGGAAUAGGUCAAGAAACAACCAGCAAACCAGGAAGAGGGCUCACCUUGGUUGUCACAAGUCUUGGGUUUGAAUCCCAGCUCUGCCACUGACUUGCUGGUUGACCUUAGGGAAGUCACUUUCCCUCUCCAGGCCUCCUGGUAUGUAAAAUGGUGGAGUUCUAAGGUCUGUACUUCCAUCCCUGACGUUUUGGGAUCUUCGGAGAGGCCUCUAUCUCAUCCUCCCCUCAACAAACCAAGAAGGAGAGUUGGGAAUAAGUGAACAGAGUCUGAGGGCCCCUGUCUGGUCUCCUUGUCACCUGCACUCAUCCUCAAUUUAGGAGACUGUCCAGGGUUUGCAGAAGAGCUGAGUAAGUGAGCAAGGCGCUCUUGUCCUAGUCUUCCCAGUUUCGGUGAAGGCUUCCCAAGGCAGGGCAGGAUAGUGGCCCUGUCACUUACCCUGGCCUGUGGUGGUCUGAGCUGGGGAGGGAAGGCAGCCAAUGAAUCAGCUGGGAACCGUCUUUAGGCCUUCCUUUUUUCCUCCUCCCCAGUGUUCCUUAGUGAUGUUCUGAGGCACUACCACGAUUUCCCUCCCAGUGGUAUCGCCCACCUGCAAGAACCCUGAAAAUUUCUUUCUCCCAUCUCUGCCUCUUCCAGAAACCGGCUAGGCAAGGAAGGAGGCUGGUCCCAAGAACCCUGUAGGUGUGGGGUGUGAUACUCGCUGUAGCCACUACGGGGCGCGCGCAGGCCGCAGAUUUCCCUAGUUGCUAUUCCUAUCCCGGCACUGGGCACUGAGAGUUAAUACGAUCCCCUACUUACCGCGCGCCAGUCCCCCGCCUUGCCGCCUCCAUCCUGUGGAGCCGGGAGCAGGCCUCCGGCCUCCCAGACCUUUGGAGCGCGCCGAGCCCCUCUUUGUACUCAUCCACGCCAACCGGCUUGGGACUCAGACACUGAAGUCUUUUUUUCUCGCUGAUCCUGGACACCUCUGUCUCUGCCAUGUAAUAGCCAUGUGAACUUGGCCAAAUCACUUCACCUCCCUGAGCCUCAGUUUCCUCAUCUGUCAAAUGGGGGUUUAUAAACACCUACCUCGCAGGGUUGUUGUGAGGAUUUAAUGCGAUAAUGUAUGUAAAGCGCCUUGCACAGUGCCUGGCACACAGUAGGCGCUCAAUAAAUCUAAGCUUCCCUUUA